CGCAAAGAAAAAAAAGAAAAAAAACAAAAUAGUACACACAUAUCUAAAUAGAAAAAUAAGCCUUCGGAGCGUCCUGAUUGGCUGUCCGCCUUCGUGCUUGUUGCGUCAUCCAAUGGCGAGCGAGGAGGACGAACAGCAACAAAUUGUUACUUGUUGCGCAUCGUGCUCCUUCGUGCCGAACACAUCGUCGUCGUCGUGGGCUCGUCAUCGUUCGACCGUCAUCGAGGAGGAUCGUCAGUGACGACGCGACGCGUCGUCGAGAAGAAGCGAGACAGAGUGAGGAGGAGAAAGCGGACGCGUGGAAGACGACGACGACGCGCCCCUUGACAUAGGCCAUCUUGUGCGGCGUCGGGAUUGAUGAAAGGGCCUGUUCCUUCAGGGGCACAGGUCGGAGCAGAUGCCCUGGUUGUUCUCUCAACUCUAACGCAGGUCUCUGCAAUCCGGAACGGAAGCGACCGAGAGGUGACCGAAAUCGGAAAGUCGCUGAGCGAAAGUCGGUGGCUCGUCGAGGAGGGAUCUCUUUCUCUCGCGAGGAAGGGAAGAAUCCUGGUAGAUUCCUGAAAUUGCGCACGCGACGUUUUGCGAUAAAUAAGCGAAGAUGGAGAAGAUAGAGAUUGUGAAAAUAGAAGAGUGUCCUAACGAUGCAUUGAUUGACGUAGCAACUACAGAGAUCUUAUUUGAAGCAAAUACCGCAGAUAUACAGAUACAGGAUGACUCUAUACUAGUAGAUUGUAGACCACAUGCCGAAGAUGUAAAAAUUAUUUCAGAAAAUGGUCAGAUUAUAUCAAUUAUAACUGAUUAUGAGUGUGUAACAUGUCACCGUGUCUUUCAAUCUGAAGAUAUGUUGAAGGAGCAUUUAGAUAUGUGCAGAGAGGAAGAUGACUCGACCAAUAUCAUGGAGUUCAGUCAUAUGGAAAAUUAUGAUUCGGAAGAGGAGGAAGAAGAGGAUGAGGAUGAUCCAGCAUUAAAUGAAGAUUCAGAUUCCACAAGCCAAAAGAAUAACAAUGAAAAAUCACAACCCAUAAUCAAGCCUGUACCAGAAACGCAAUGCCACUGUUGUGCGGAAGAUGUGAAGACAGCGCAUAGUGGUGGGGAAUUCAAAUGUCCCCAUUGUAAUCUUAGUUUUAAGAAGAAGGCGUCUUUGGAAAGACAUGAUAUAGUCAUACACUGGAAGUGUGAUUCGUGUACAUGCAACGAAUGCGGUUCAUCCUUCCGUGAUAAAAAAGCAUUGAACAAACAUCGUUAUACUACACACGGGGAUCGCAAAAUUUUUAGAUGUGAGCCUUGCGAUACUUAUUUCUCCCGGGGUUACCAUUUAAAUCGACACAUUUUGCAAUCUGGUUGUCACGGCAAUAUACUCAAUACAUUCAGUUGCCAAGUUUGUAAGAAAGUUUUCACGCGCAAGGAUAAUUUGCGAGAACACUUGCGUACUCACGCGGGAACACCUCAGAGGCAAAAGAAACCAUGUAAAUAUUGUCCAAAAGAGUUCUUUACGAGCCAACAGUUAUUGGUUCAUGAACGCAUGCACACAGGAGAGCGACCAGUCCCAUGCGAUUUGUGUCCCAAAACAUUCCUAUCAUCGUUGGCUUUGAAAAAGCAUCGUCGUGUACAUACUGGAGAGAAGCCGUUUGAAUGUAAAUAUUGUCAUAGAAAGUUUGCCGCUCGCGAGACGUUGAAUCGUCAUCAACGGACUCAUACAGGUGAAAAGCCGCACGUGUGCCAGUAUUGCGGUAAAUCAUUCAUACAGGCAGCUCAAUUAAGAGCGCACGUAUUUCAUCAUACUGGAGAGAAUGGUUUCCAUUGCGACGAUUGCGGCAAGGCGUUCAACCGGAAAGCACGUUUAAAUAUUCACAAGAAAUUCGUGCACGAAGGUGCUAUCCCGUUUUCAUGCAAAGAGUGUGAUAAAGGUUUCACUCGAAAGGAGGACUUGGUGAAACAUGAGCUGUUGCACACCGGCAUCAAACCAUUCAAAUGCGACAAAUGUACGAAAGCCUUUUCGGCAAAGUCGUCAUUGCAAGCUCAUCUCAACACUCACAGACGCGAACCACCCCAGUCGUGCGUAGAAUGUAACAGAGUAUUCAUCCGGCAAGAUUGUUUGAUGCGACACAUUCGGGCGAAGCAUCGAGAACUAUUGGAAGACGUAAUGAACGAGGUCGAGAGAAAACAUUUACAGACACAGUUGUUCAAUAUUGCUACGAUCGCUGCGGCCAAAACGAAAAACGGAGAAUCCAGAAGACUUUCCACCGACGAGUUGCUGAAAGCCAUCAUAGAUCUCUUGACGAUACUUAUUGAAGAGGAAACAUUACAGCUAUUUGGUUGGCCAGAGGCUCCGAUACAAGAUAUCCUGGAAGCCGUGAUUAGAAGAUGUGGACACGAGCCGAUAACGUCGGAAUCCAACAUGAUGUUCACCGAGAGGCUACGACAAAAUGUUAAACUUUUGUUUACUGUCGUCAUCGACACAGUGAAGGAUGACACUGUAAAAUCUCUUUUGACAACGAAGACAGUGGAUGAUGUCAUUCUCCACGUUUUAGAAAUAUCUAAUCGGAUACAGGAUUAGGAAAAAUAAGUAUAUUUGUUAUUACAUGAAAACUUUUU